AUGAGUGAGGUGGAAACUUUGAUCAAAGAUUUUAAGAGCUUGGUGGAAAAUGACGCUCAGGUUAAAUAUGCUUGGAACGCUAUAAAACGAUACAAAUCCAACGAGCCCAUAGAUGCGGAAGACGAUCGCAAGACUAGACACAAGAGAAACAUAAUAGCUGUGGAUGAUAACCUGAAGAUCAACUACGAAAUGGUCAAGACAGCGCCAGGUACUUUCAUCGAAAGCAGUCUGUCCGCUUCCAAGGACAAGAACAGUAAGGAACAAGCGUGGAAAGUAGCGAAAACGAAGACCAAUUACUACAAAAAAAGACUGUCGAACAUGAACGAGCAGUUUUUGGCGGAGCAGUUUGACGCAAACGCAAACGCAAACGCAAAUGCUAAUGGCAGCGCGAUCAGCAUCAAUGGUUCGACAAAUAAUGCAGAUUCCGGCGUUUCUCCAAAUCUGGACGUCGAGACGGCCUCCUCAUUGGCCCAGCACACGGAAUGGCUAUGUGAGUCACAUAGAGAUCUGCUACAGGAGUAUAGUGCCCUUGUGGCCGAGGAAAAAAAAUGGUUUUUGAAGAAAGAGAUAAUACUGGAUGCAAACGUGAAACUGGAUCUCUACGCCACGCGAGAUGAAGAAAACCAGGGCAUAGAGCUGCAGGCAACUACCGCUGAUGUUUCGGAAAUGUCUGUUUUCCCAGUGUGA